GCCAUUCACAUUCCUCGCAUACGGGCCCUGCAAUCUGACCUGGUUUUGGAUUAAAUUAGUGAAAAAAUUAAAUAAAUUAAGCAUGAGCAUGCAGGUGGACCCGCGCCGCAAGGAGAAGAUCAACCGCUACAAGGCGCCCAAGAACCAGGGCCAAAGUGGCGGGGCCAACGAGGACAUGAUGCCGGAUUACAUGAACAUACUGGGCAUGAUUUUCUCCAUGUGUGGACUGAUGAUGAAGCUCAAAUGGUGCGCCUGGUUUGCGCUGUACUGCUCCUGCAUCAGUUUCGCCAGCUCCCGGGCGAGUGACGAUGCCAAACAGGUGCUCUCCUCCUUCAUGCUAAGUGUUAGUGCGGUGGUGAUGUCCUAUCUGCAGAAUCCUGCUGCCAUGACUCCUCCCUGGGCCUCCUAGCAUUG